AUGAGGAGGUCACGAUCAUGGGGUUUGGUAGCAGUAGCAGCAGCAGCGGUAGCGGCACCGGGAGCGUCUGCUUUCUUGAUCCCAAGAGCCGCCUGUAAAACACGGGGUGCAUCAACAGUGGGUGGGGUAAGCACGGCCGAAGCAAGCAGUAGCAGCAGAAGCACCACCACCAGCACCAGCACCAGCUAUGAUCCUGCCCGGUUGGCGCCGUCGUUGCAACCAAGAUGUUCAGGGCUAACGCUCGGAGGUAGCGGCGAUGCCCGUCGGCGUCAGCAGCAGCGUCGUGGUGACCUGGUGAGGAUGCUGGCUAAGGCAGCGGCAAGCAGGGAGGAGACAGAGACCGACGUCUCGCUCAUCCGAAAUUUCUCGAUCGUGGCGCACAUCGACCACGGCAAGAGUACGCUGGCGGACAGGUACUGCUGGGUGCACGCGUAG